AUGGGGACCAUAAACUUUGACAUCAACGAUGCCCUCAGGGACUACAUGUCCGACCCCGCGACUAUCCCGACCCCUGAAGCCGAUAGCACCCUGCUCGACUGCGAAAAUGAACCCGAAGCCCUGACCAACCAGGUCCUCAACCCGGUCCUGAACCCUAUCGUCGAUGCCGUGGCCGACAACCCCGACGCCAUUAUGCGUGCUGCCAAUAUCGACUCGCUGCAGCUCCUCCUAAAAUACACUUCAUAUCUGCCCACACAUGCCCUCAGCAAGGUCUUUGACUUAGUCAUGAGCGGUCUGAGCAGUGAGGCCGAUGCCGUCCACGGCGACAUUGACUCGCCCGAUGAGGAGAGCGUCCUGUCACAUCACAAGCAGCUGCUCGAGAUUUACGGCUUCCUUCUGCAAUGGACAAUUGCUGCCGUCGAGACCAAGGCCGCCGAGAAGUCGUCUACUGCCCCCGUCGCAAGGGGAAGAGCCAAACCUAAGAAGGGCGCCAAGGAUGACGCCUGGGACUCGACAGCCCAGCUGCAGUCCGCCCUAGACAUUAUGUGCAAAGUCAUGAAGCUCAAGCUCUCCAAGAUCUUCCUCACGACCAGCGAGAGGGAUACUUUUAUUGGUCUGCUCACCAGGCCCGUCUACAUGAUUCUCGAGAGCGAGCAGCGCGCAAAGAACACCUCCAUCAGGAUGCACUGCUUCAAGGUUCUGUGCAUUGCCGUCAAGCAUCACGGCCAUGGCUAUGCCGCUCAAAUCAACAUCAUCCAGAACCUCACCUACUUUGAGCAUCUUCCCGAACCCAUGGCCGAGUUCCUGCAUAUUCUGGCAGAGACCUACGACUACCCCCAACUCGCCGACGAGGUGCUUCGUGAAAUCAGUAACAAAGAGUUCAACUCUAACGACACCAGGGGACCCAAAUCCGUUUCCACCUUCAUCACCAAGCUCUCGGAACUCACACCGCGGCUGGUCAUAAAACAGAUGACGAUGCUUGCAAAGCAACUAGACAGCGAGUCAUAUACCCUCCGUUGUGCCCUCAUCGAAGUCUGUGGCAACAUGAUCUCCUACCUGACCCUCCAGGAGGAACCCCACGAGAACCAUAAGACCCAGCUGAAUGCCUUUUUCGAUGUUCUUGAGGAACGCUUCCUCGACAUCAACCCCUACUCCCGCUGCAGGGUCCUGCAGGUGUACAUGAGGCUGUGUGAGCUGGAGCAAAAGUUCCCCAAGCGCCGCCAAAAGGCUGCUGAGCUCGCCUGUCGCAGUCUCGAAGACAAGAGCAGCAAUGUUCGCAGGAACGCCAUCAAGCUCCUAGGCACCCUGAUCAAGACGCACCCCUUCACCGUCAUGCACGGCGCCCAGCUGUCCAAGAAAGAGUGGCAGGCGCGCUAUGAUAGGGUCGAGGAAGAGCUCAACGCUCUCAAGCCGCCUCCCGGUGUGCCCGAGUUUGGUGGCCAGGAUGCCACGGCUGUCGACAACGAACUCCUAGACGAGGCUACGCAGGUUCAGUCACCCCAGAAGCCCAGGGACAUGACGGAUGAGCAAAAAGCCGAGGCGAUCAAGAAAGCGCAGGAGGAGGCGGCCACGAGCGAGGCCAUUGAGAAGCUCACCCUUACGCGCCGGUACUACACCGAAGCGCUCAAAUUCAUAGACGUGCUGCACGAAGCCACGGGCACCAUCUGUCAGCUCCUGGGAUCGAGGAAUAAGAGCGAGGUCAUCGAGGCCAUCGACUACUUCGAGAUUGGCGAUGCUUACGACAUUGAGCAGAACAAGGUUGGCAUUCGGCGCAUGCUGCGUCUCAUCUGGACCAAGGGCAACAGCGAUGAGGGCAAGGGCGUCCAGACACACCUGAUUGACUGCUAUAAGCGACUCUUCUUUGAGGCCCCCGACACAUUCAGCUCUAAUGAUGCCGCCAACUACAUUGCGCGUAACAUGAUCAGUCUGACGUUUGGCGCCACGCCCGCCGAGCUGACGUCGCUGGAGCAGCUGCUGUCCACCAUGAUGAAGGGCGGCAUGAUCUCCGAUGUUGUCAUCAACAAGCUGUGGCAGGUGUACGGCGUGCAGAAGCGUGAGAUCUCGCGCACCCAGCGACGCGGAGCCAUUAUUAUCCUUGGCAUGCUGGCCACGGCCAGCCCCGACAUCGUCGUGGGCGAGAUGGAGACGAUGCUGCGCACAGGUCUUGCCGCCCACGGCCGCAACGACCUGCAGCUGGCUAAGCACACGUGCAUUGCCCUCAGGAGAAUCAACCCCACGGGCCGUCAGGCUAGGGAGUCAGCCGUCAAGUUCUCGCGCCUGCCAAACGACCACGCUGUGUGCGUGCGGCUAGCUGCCAUCACCGAGGUGCAGUCGGACAGCAAGGAGUGGUACGGACUGGCUGAGCAGGCCAUCAGUGCCAUCUAUGCUUUGGCCAAGCACCCAGACACCCUGUGCUCCGAGAUUAUCCGACGCAAGACCAAGAUGGUGUUUGGCCAGCCACCGUCGAGACCGGCCUCGCGCGACGGGACGGUGCAGAUGACGCAGCAGUUUACGCAGAACCUGGACCCGCACCUAUCAGAUCCCACGGUGACGCAGUUGGGCGCCCAACUGGACCGGCCCAAGAACCGGGAGAACGCAAUCAAGCUGUCGCAGCUGCUAUUCAUUGUCGGCCACGUAGCCAUCAAGCAGAUUGUGCACCUGGAGCUAUGCGAGCUCGACUUCAAGCGCCGCAAGCAAGAAAAGGAAAAGCAGGCGGCCGCGGGAGCAGGAGGCAAGGACGAGGACAAGGGGGAGGCCGACGAGCUGGAUCUGAUUGGUGGCACGUCUGAAGACGAUUUCACCGAGGCCAUGGCACACAUCCGCGAGCGCGAGCUCCUGUACGGCCCCAACUCGCUGCUCCGCUUGUUUGGCCCGCUGGUGUCUGAUAUUUGCGCCAACAACACAUCGUACGCCGACAAGCACCUGCAGGGUGCGGCGACCCUGUGCCUGGCCAAGCUGAUGUGCGUGUCGUCCGAAUACUGCGAGACGAACCUGCCCCUACUCAUCACCAUCAUGGAGAGGUCGCCCGAUGCCAUUGUGCGGUCCAACGCUGUCAUUGCGCUGGGUGACAUGGCCGUCAGCUUCAACCACCUGAUUGACGAGAACACCGACUUCCUGUACCGCCGUCUGGGCGACUCGGACGCCUCGGUCAAGCGCACGUGUCUAAUGACACUCACGUUCCUCAUCCUGGCCGGCCAGGUCAAGGUCAAGGGACAGCUGGGGGAGAUGGCCAAGUGUCUUGAGGACGAGGACCGACGUAUUGCCGACUUGGCGCGCAUGUUCUUCACCGAGCUCAGCAGCAAAGAUAAUGCCGUUUACAACCACUUUGUCGACAUGUUUGGUCUUCUCAGUGGCAGUGAGAUGAACGAGGAGAGCUUCCGCAGAGUUGUCAGAUUUCUUCUUGGCUUUGUGGAAAAGGAUAAGCAUGCUAGACAGCUGGCAGAUAAGCUGGCAGCCCGCCUGGGACGAUGCGAGACGGAGAGGCAGUGGAAUGACGUGGCCUUUGCUCUGGGUCUGCUACCGCACAAGAAUGAGGAGAUUACCAAGAUGGUGUCGGAGGGAUUCAAGAUCAUUCAAGCAACGGCGUGA